AUGAAGGCUUUUAAAGCGCAGACGUGUCACUUGGUUGUGCUCGGGCUAUUGUGCUUUCUAAGCAUAGUCGACAGGGACUACCAUGGAGCUCAGGCGGCAAGGCUCGCUGCAACACGAGCAGCGCGAGAUGAAGCAGCCCAAAAGCUGGAUAAGUUAAAGUCUCCUGAGGAGGUUAAGAAGGCAAAAGAAAAAAUGGCGAAGCUGAAGGAGGACAUUCAGACCCUUCUUUUGGAAAGCAAGGAAUAUAAGCAGGCAACAAUUAAGAAGAAUCAGGAACAGGAAGUCGCUGAGUUUACCCCGGAGGAGCUCGAAGAAACCGAUUUGUGGAAAAAGGAGUACGACAGGUUCAUGAGGGCCGAGAAGCAAAAGGAGUGGUGGGAGAGGCUUAGCAUGAUGAGCGGAGUGAGCGCCGCAGUUGCGGGCGGUCUGACGGGUUUUGGAAAGGCUCACGAAAAUGCAGGGGGCGUAGCGCACAAUCCGUCAGCUGCUCGGCUUGUUAGAGGGGCUGGCACUGUAGCUCUAGUUGGGGGUGCCUUAGCACUGUUUUCGUGGCUGAUGCGCCGGCACAACAAAAAAAGGCAGAAGCUUUCCAAUGCCAGGCUUGCCCGCAUGCAAUUUGAAGCGCGGACGGGACUGAAGCCUUCUGAUGAGAACGUUCUAGGGCCCGACGAAGCCGACAUUUUCAAGCCCAAGGGUAAAAAGGAUAAAAAGAAAGAAGAAGAUUGA